ACGCACCUCUCUCGCCCGCUCGUUCGCUCCAUCUCCCAUCCCAACUUCCCAAGCAAGGAGUCCAAUCUCUCUCUAUCUACUUACCUUCCUCUCAUAGCGGUCAACGACUCCGUACUGCACCAAAACAGCCCGUGAAUACUACUGAAUUCUCAGGGCCAUAGAGAUUGAGAGACUGGUUUUCCAAGGGCUUUGAAGAGCGGUUUUCGACCUGUUUAGGCGGUUUCACGAGCGGCUUUGGUUGAGGCAUGGGGAGGAUGGGGAAUAAUCAGAGGACUUAUUCGGCGAAUCCCAGUGACUACAAGCUUCUCGAAGAGGUUGGGUACGGUGCGACCGCUACGGUUUACAGAGCAAUCUAUCUUCCGCUCAACGAAGUCGUGGCCGUCAAGUGCUUGGAUCUCGAUCGCUGCAAUAGCAAUCUGGACGACAUACGCAGGGAGGCUCAAACAAUGAGUUUAAUAGAUCAUCCAAAUGUUGUUAGAGCAUAUUGUUCAUUUGUUGUCGAACGGAACCUUUGGGUGGUCAUGCCAUUCAUGGCAGAAGGCUCUUGUUUGCACCUCAUGAAGAUAGCAUAUCCAGAUGGGUUUGAAGAAGCUGCUAUUGGUUCUAUACUUAAGGAAACUUUGAAGGCUUUGGAGUACCUUCAUCGACAAGGACAUAUUCAUAGGGAUGUUAAGGCUGGAAACAUAUUACUUGAUAGUAAUGGGAUGGUAAAGCUUGCCGACUUUGGUGUAUCGGCUUGCAUGUUUGAUACAGGUGAUAGACAACGUUCAAGAAAUACUUUUGUAGGGACUCCAUGCUGGAUGGCACCAGAGGUGUUGCAGCCAGGAAGUGGAUACAAUUCCAAGGCUGAUAUUUGGUCAUUUGGUAUAACAGCACUUGAGUUGGCCCAUGGUCAUGCACCAUUUUCUAAAUAUCCUCCAAUGAAGGUUCUCCUGAUGACCAUACAGAAUGCCCCUCCUGGUCUUGAUUAUGAUCGUGAUAAAAAGUUCUCUAAGUCAUUUAAAGAAAUGGUUGCAAUGUGUCUGGUGAAAGAUCAAACAAAGAGGCCAACGGUGGAGAAAUUAUUGAAACACUCAUUUUUCAAGCAAACAAAGCCUCCAGAACUUUCUGUGAAAAAAUUAUUUGCUGACUUGCCACCCCUUUGGAACCGUGUAAAAGCCCUCCAGCUUAAAGAUGCAGCACAACUAGCUCUAAAGAAAAUGCCUUCUGCAGAACAAGAGGCAAUAUCACAGAGUGAGUACCAGCGAGGAGUUAGUGCCUGGAACUUUGAUGUUGAGGAUUUAAAAGCACAAGCAUCACUGGUGCGAGAUGAUGAUGAUGAUGAUGAUAUACCAGAGAUGAGGGAAGAAGACGAAAGCAUAAAAUAUUUGGCUCGCAAGAAGGACUCAACUGAUAGCCAUUCCAAUUUUGCAAAAUUGAAUUUAAACAAUGAAUUGGCACAGCCUGAGCACAGAGGACAAACCAGUGGUGCAGAAUUACCGCAUGUUGACUACUUGAAUGGAAAAGGAAAAAAUUUGGGAAGUGAUUUACUGGAAUCUGGAUGCGAAGAGAAAGUUGGUUCGAAGAAAAAUGGUUCAAGCACUGAGGCGUCAUCAUCUAUGUCAGAAAAGGACUUGUUACUGGCCAAGACUAAAGCUCAAAUGGCGAAAAGUCGUCAAACUCAGAGUGGCCCACUCAUGCAUGGUACUGUGCUUAGUCAUUCAUUAUCAGAGAGAAGGCGAAGCUCGGAAAGGAGUGAGAAUGAAAUUCAACCAUGUACUGAGAAAGCUUACCGUGAAGUACGUCGGGCACCAAGCUUUAGCGGUCCUUUGAUGCUUCCAAACCGAGCUUCAGCAAACAGUUUAUCAGCUCCAAUAAAGCCUUCUGGAGGAUUUAGAGAUUCUUUGGAUGACAAGUCAAAGGCUAAUCUGGUGCAAAUUAAGGGACGAUUUUCAGUAACAUCAGAGAAUUUAGAUCUUGUAAAGGAUAUUCCAUUAAGUACAGUUGCACGUCGGUCUUCUCAGGGUUCUCCACUAAGAAAGUCUGCUAGUGUUGGUGAUUGGACGUUUGAAUCUAAACAAAUGCCUGCUAAUCAGUCACCAAAGGAGUUUAGCAACAGCAGUUUACCUGCAUCACUUCUUAUGCCUCACCUUCAGAAUCUAUCUCAGCAGACUGCAAUUCAACAGGAGCUUAUUAUGAACUUGUUGAAUAGCUUGCAACCUCCUGAGACAGCGGAUGCUGCUCAAAAUGGAAAGUUGCCCCUGCCACGCAGUUCAGAGAACAAUGGAAUUAUUGAAGCAGCAGCUUCUGAGAGGGAGCGUUUACUACUUUUCAAGAUCUCAGAGCUUCAAGCUAGGAUGAUCAAUUUGACUGACGAGCUCACCGCUGAAAAGUUAAAACACACGCAAUUGCAACAACAGCUAAGUGCUGUAUCCGGUCAGGAAGAAAAUGGGGACAGGAGGGAAGGGGAUGUUUGAAAGUCAAAAUCUCUGGUCAGUGUAAGCUAAAAUAAUCAAGUAUAUCCAGUCAAGAGCUGUAAAUCAUAUGCAAUAAGUGUUUGCCUACCUUCUUUUUUGUGCGAGAAAGGGACUGUUUUGGCUGUUGACGGCCAUGGGUAGAAGCGAGGUCUGGCAAUCAAUGUGGUUGGAUCUCUUUUGCCACAAUGUUUAACAAGUUUCUUUGAAGAUUUCAGCCGCCAAAUAUGAUGAGCACAACUUCUGCUCUUAUUCAAAUUAACACAAUCUCCUCUCCGGCAAUGUCAUGUCGUAGUUUGGAAUUUGGUAGUUGAUUCU